AUGGGAACCUCUAAGAUAGCGAGUGUGGCCUUGCUGGUGAUGCUCUGCGUGGGCACGUCCUCUGCCGCCAGAGUUCUCACGCAAUACGCCGGUGGAGGCGGUGGGGGUCAAGGUGGUGGGGGUGGCGGCGGCACUGGUAACGGUUCAGGAUCCGGUUAUGGGUCUGGCUACGGUGAGGGUGGCGGGGGAGCAUACGGGGGUGGAUACGGUAAGGGUGGUGGCGGCGGCGGUGGAGGGGGACAAGGGGGUGGCGGGGGAUAUGGCCAUGGAUCCGGGAGUGGGUACGGCUCCGGAUCAGGAUACGGAGGUGGCGGCGCAAACGGUGGAGGUUACGGCAGCGGCGGCGGGGGCGGUGGUGGCCGUGGAGGUGGCGGUGGGAGAGGAGGCGGAUCGGGAUAUGGGUCAGGAAGCGGGUCCGGGUACGGUUCUGGAGGCGCCAGCGGCGGUGGCGGAGGCAAAGGCGGAGGCGGCGGGGGUGGUGGAGGCGGUGGCGGAGGAUCGGGGUCAGGCUCUGGCUCCGGCUAUGGCUCAGGGUCGGGGUCGGGCUUCGGCGGUGGGUUUGGUCGUCACCCUUGA